AUGGACUGCAGUCUUGCUGUUUGUCGCCGGCCACGCAGCCACGGGCCAGCCCAGUUUUGGUCCCAUCCGCAGGCCUGCGGUCAAGGAAUGGUUCAGCAGCCUGCAGGUACAGGCCUAGUAGCCGCGGCGAUGAGCGAUGGGUACAAGGCAGUGGCCGUGCCGGGCACUGGAGGCGCUGGCGGGCGCGGUGUGGACGUCAUAACUGAUCACGAAGGUGAAGUUGUGGGUAUCGCCGUGAGUCAGGUGGCUCAGGUAUACACCAUGGUGGAUCGAAUCAUAAGCAGCCAGAGGAUACUUGCGCUGCCGCUGUCAGAUCGAUACUCUUUGGCAGGGAAGGUGGCUGCUGUGCCUGAUGAGCAUGGACGUCUGAUUGAGCGCCUGGCUUCAGCCGUCGCUACCUCCUUCAGCGAGGCCGGAGCCCUGAACGCCUUGUAUCUUAUGGACAUUUGCAAGGACUUGGUGCCUGGCUUCAAGGCCAAGAUUCCAGACGGCCGUCUGGAGAAAGCAGCAGAGCUGUCUCCCCACAGCCGUGCAAAGGACUUCGUCUUACAGGGUCAGAAACCUCCAGAGUGGGCACGAGCUGAACAGGACAAGGGCACAGUCAUUCUGCUGCCAGAAGAAGAGACAGACUUGCUGACGGAGACUGGUCGAGCAGUAGGUGAUGCAACCAAGUUCGUUGGUGGUGCUGCAUUUGGAGGUGUGGGCCUUGUCACUGACACGCUGGGUAUCACGAAAAAUGCGGAGGACAAGCUCGCUUCGACGGCUGAGGAUGCAGUGGACUUGGUCGGCUCAGGAGUUAGCAGUGUGGUGGGGGCUGUCGACCAGGGCUUGGACGGUACAGCAAAAGAUCUUCAGCGCAAAGGAGUUGUCGGAGCUGUCGGAGAUGGCGUGGCUGAUGCGGUCGACAUUGUGUCAGACUUCGUGAGUGACACUGUGACUGGCAUUGCAGAUGGUGUCCAUGGCAUCCUCAACUUUGCCACUGGCACGGAGGAAGGGGCGGCCGUACCCGUGCAAGAAACACAUCUCGUUAAAAUUGUGAUUGCAGAGCUUUUCGGUGCCGAGAAGACACUGGGGCUCCGGAUAGAGAGCCGUGUUGUUACCGCCUUCACGAAAGAAGAGGCAGUCCGGUUGGGCUGGAGACUUGGUGACUGCAUUCUCGCAGUCGGUCGUCAACGAGUCCCGACGCAGGAAGCGCUGCUGGCUGGAAUUUCCGGCUGCAAGGAGGCAUUGCGAAUGAACGGGACCCCGAUCGAGUUUCUUGUUGAGAGAAUGGGUGCGAGGCCCUAA